CCCCAUCCCCAAUAAGCUAUAACAAAGCAAAAGAAGAUUUGGAAUCAUUCAUUGCCGAAUGUCCUGAACAUCAAAGUCUUUCAACUUGGCUCGAUUGGUGGCACAAGAAAAGAGCAUUUGUUUUCCCUGCCUUCAUUAGUGUUUGUGGUGGCCCAAAAAUGAACCUAGCUGAAGUUAUUCAUGCAACUUGGGUUAAACGGGACCACAGAAAUAUGUCAUUGUUGGAUGCUGCACACGCUGAUGCUCGGGAUAACAACCAGUUAAAGUCGAAUACAAAGCUUUUCACGUGGGAAAUUCACGAGGUGGAACAGGUCCUUCUUUAGCAGACAAAGCCCUUCAAAAAACCUCGAACAAUGUGAGAAGGGCUCAUGCCCUUGGCCAGGAGCUUACACAUGAAGACAUCACAGACACCGAAAGAACUGCAUCGCCAACUGCCCUCACCGCGCCAUUCAGUUUGCCAUCAGACAAGCAUAAUGCUAGCGAAACGACCUCGUGUGAAAGAACAACAAACAACAGACCGAGGCGCUACAGAUCGUCAAGAAGUAAAGUGUUUUUCGAUCACCUUGAGGGAGCAAAAAAGAAAGAAAUUUGAUAAAGGUAAAAUCAAUGACUGUUCGAAGACAAGAGAAUCCUGGACUUAUAUGUGGCUUGUCUACUUCAAGAUAUACAGAUUACACAGUUCAUAUUGGUAGUCAGCAUUCAUGUGACUGUCAAGAUUAUUUAAAUAUCGCGGGAAACAGGCAUGCAAACACAUUUUAUGGACACUACUAUUCAGAUGUGGUAUUCAGGAGAGUAGUGAAAUUUUACAACGGGUAUCCCUGACCAUCGAGGAAAUUCGCCAUAUUACAGCUAAUACCCCAGCUAACAUUCCUGAACAAUUGAAGGCUAUGGAUGAAGCCAACACUCCAACCCAACAGAGGCAAAGCAGGGAGGAUAUUACAACAAACCUUUUGGAAAAUGAUCCUUGCAACAGCAGUCUGCAAAUGUGGUACCUUGAAUGA